AUGAGUGAUGACGCUCCUGCAUUCUGGAAUGCAUGGAUAAAAAUGAUGUCUCCUAUUCCUAAAUUCCAUCUUUUAUGUAAAUGGCAUAUCGACAACAAUUGGCGUAAAAAUUUAAAAAAAAUUGAUGGAUCACAAACUACAAAAGCAUAUGUUUAUAAAACCCUCCGUGUCUUACUAGACGAAUCUGAUACAACAGAGUUUGAAAAUUUAUUAAGUUCUUUUCAGUGCAAGUUAGAAGAAGAGCCUGCAAUGCAUAACUUCAAGGCAUACUUUGUAAGUACUUAUGUUCACAGGAAAAAGUUGUGGGCUGCAUGUUACCGGCGGCAGGCUAUGCUCAAUACCAUAUUGGUUUUAGAAGCUUUUCAUAAAACUUUGAAACAUGUCUAUUUAAAAGGGAAAAAAAUCAACGGCUUGAUGCUCUGUUGUGGCAUUUACUAA